UCUGUGAACUUGCUUUCAGUCACAAUAGUUGACACAAACACACAGAAUUUCACACACACACACACACACACACACACACACAUAUAUACACGACUUGUAGGAUUAUGGCUUCUGCAGUGACCAAUAAUGGACUUCCCAGUGGGUGUAAGAUUUUCACCACAAUUCCUGACAUCUUCUUCAUCCCUGAAUUUAUUUUUGGAGGUCUGACAUGGUGUCUUGUGGCUUCCACUCGAGUGGAUCCUCCGAAUCCUCUGGGGUGGGUGAUGUUUGUCUCCAUCUUCUGCUUCAUCUUCACCACACUGUGGUUCAUCAUCUUCCUCUCAGGAGCAAACCAGAGCAGUGUGUGGCCCGGCCUGGACGUGGGGUAUCAUUUCAUCGCAGUUCUUUUCUACCUGAGCUCAUCUGUAGCUCUUGCCUACGUCACACUCUACUACAAGUAUUUGCUGACAAAUGAAGGGUCCAUUUCAACAAUUUUGACGGAUCAAUAUUUGAAGACUUAUAGAGAGGACAUCGCUGCUGUGGUGAUGUCUUUCAUAACCACUCUGCUCUACUUCAUCCAUGCUAUCUUCUCUACGCUCCGGUGGAAAUCCUCCUGAAGAGCAAAAAGAGAAACAUUUAAAGAACAAAACAAGGCAACCAUCUUCACCUCAAAACCUAAAACCUGAACUAAACCUGACCUGAAAAAGUUACACACACAAUAAAGUGCCCACUAGGGGCAGCAUUUACAACUGACUGUUUAGUUUUGUGCUAAUGAGCAGAAGGUUGAGCAUCAAAUCACAGAGUUUCCAGAAUACCGCUUAUUAAUUUUUCAGAAUUAUUCCCUGACCUUUCACCUUCAGCCUCAGAUUAAAGAUGAGAUUAUAGAAAGAAAAUCUUAACCUUAAAUAAAGUUUUAUAAACACACAAAGUUAUAAAGUAAAAAAUUGAUCAGAUUUUUUUUUUUUUUUUUUUUUUACAGAUUUCUGUUUAACUAGAAAUUUAUUUCUGGUAUUGUUGUUAAAACGUUUCAAACCUAUUAAAGAACAAUGUGACGGCCGACUGAGUCACGACCACGGCACAUACUUAUAUAUUCGUAUACGGAUCUACAUGUACAUCUUAUUCGUAAUUACUCUUCAGUUAUUUAGAGUGAAAGGGAGAGAAACACAGUGCUGUGUACAUUCCCCUGUACACGCCCACGCUGCCACGCCCACUUUAAAGGAGUGUUAGGGUUUUCUCACUUCCGCAUCAACAUCCGCAUGGGAAAGAAAUGAAUAAAAAAAAUCACAACUUUCCAAACAAAAACAAAAUAAAGGUUGUCUAAAAACAAACAAAAUAAAAGACAACAGAUUUCUGUAUUUCUGCUCCAUCUGAAUUUUACACCAAGAAAUGUUUAUGAUUUAUUACCAGAUUAUUUUCUUGAAAAAUGUUUCAAAUGUUAAUGUUUUUAUGCAAUAAUCAGAAAUAAACUGUUUAACAAACCACA